CCCCGUGAAGCGGCCGGAGCCGCGCCCGCCGCCCGCCGGGACGAUGGUGCGCUGCGGGGCGGCCGCGCUGCUCGCCGCGCUCCUCGGCGUCUGCGUCUGGACCGACGAGACCGGGAAAGUUAUCUCGGACCGGUUCGCCGUCUACUGGAACCGGAGCAACCCCAGGUUCCACCGUGGGGACUACACGGUGGAGGUGAGCAUCAACGACUACCUGGACAUCUACUGCCCGCACUACGAGGAGCCGCUGCCCGAGCGCAUGGAGAGGUACAUCCUGUACAUGGUGAACUACGAGGGCCACGCGUCCUGCGACCACCGGCAGCGCGGCUUCAAGCGCUGGGAGUGCAACCGCCCCGACUCCCCCAACGGGCCCCUCAAGUUCUCCGAGAAGUUCCAGCUCUUCACCCCCUUCUCGCUGGGGUUCGAGUUCAGACCCGGCCACGAGUACUAUUACAUCUCUGCGUCCCCCCCGAACAUGGUGGACAGGCCCUGCCUGAAGCUGAAGGUUUACGUUCGGCCAACGAACGAUUCCCUCUACGAGUCCCCGGAGCCCAUUUUCACCAGCAACAACUCCUGCUGCAGCCUCAGGGUCCCGCCGGCCGCGCUGGCGGUGGUGCCGGUCGUCUGGACGCUCCUGGCCUCGUAGCCCGACCCCGACGCGCCGGGAGCAGCUCCGCGGGGCAGGAGCAGCCCGGGCACGGAUCCUGCCCACCCCGAACCGCCCGGAUGGUGCCUGGGGAGGUCACUGGUGCUGCCGGCGAGGAUCCUGCCGCCGCGGGAAGUCCCUGUCCCGGCACAGUCAUCCCUUCGGGAGCGGUGCCGGGCUGUCCCGCGGGAUGGAUCCCGGCUCCCAUCCCUGUCCCGCAGCUCGAGCUCCGGCCGUCCCGGUGGGGCAUCGCUUUUUACAUUUCUAGACCAAAUACAGAGUCCUCGUCCGUUGGUUUUUUUCUUUUUUUUUUUUUUUUUUUAAGAAAAAAAAAAAGGUUUUUAUUUUUAGUUGUUGGGUUUUUUCCCGGCCGGGCCCCCCCCCCCAGGCCAGACUGACCUGCCCGGGGCCGGGCUCAGCCCCCGCCCGGUGGAGCCUCCGGAUUGCCGGGACUGCCAGACACAGCGAUGGUGCCAACGGUUCCGUGGGCACGGACUCCUUCCCAGCCCGGCCGCAGGAUGUCGCAGAGCCGGUCCGGACACCCCCGGACACUCCCAGACACGGGGGGUCUGGGCAGACACAGCCCCCACUGAGCCCCUGGGGGGUCACCCCGUUCCCUUCACUCGUGCCGCAGAUGGCACCAGUGUCCCCAUGGAACACCGGGACAGCUCCGUGAACAGCAGAGGAAACCGGAUACAACCGAGGGGAGCACCGGGAGCGGCCGGCAGACAGCACUGGGAUGGCCCGUGCUGGGAGAGCAGCGGGAAUGGCCGGCUGAUACCGGGAGCGCUGGAAUGGGUGGCAUGGAGAGCACCGGGAAUGGCCGGCAGGAAGAGCAGUGGGGAUGUCUGGCUGCCACAGGGAGCACCGGGAAUGGCCGGCACAGAGAACACCGGGGACGACUGGGACUGGGAGCACCGGGAACGGCCGGCACUGGGAGCACGGAGGAUGGACGGCACUGGAGAUGGUUGGCACUGAAAAUGGCCGGCACUGGGAGCACCAGGAAUAGCUGGCACUGAAAAUGGCCGGCACUGGGAACACCGGGAAUGGCCGGCUGGCACGGGAAGCACCGCCGGGCGCUGGGAGCCGGCGGGCCGGGCUCGCCCAGCCGUGGGCAUCAUUCCAAGGGCAUUUGUCCGGCGCCGGGGCUGGAGCCCCUGCCGGAGCAGGGCUGAGCUCGCCAGGGCAGGAGGAGGCUGUGCCAUGGAUUUUCCUCCUCUGCUCUGCACCGUGUCCCCCCAAUGCCUUGGGGGUCCAAGAGUCCCCCCAGGGGGGCCACGUCCAUCGUGGUGCUCCCCAUGGUCCCCCCUUUGCCCCCCGACAUUCCGGGGUUGGGCUUGGGGAUUUUUCCCUUUUCCUUUGCAUUAAUAAGCAAAACCCCCCCAGAACCCCCUGAUCCGAGGUUGGCCCUGACCCCAGGGGUGGCAGGUCCCCAGGGAGGGGUCCCCCCGCAGCCCCGGGGUCUGACCCCUCCUCGCCUUAAAUCUGGGGCUGUCCCACCUGGGGGGGUCCCCUGCCUGUCCCACAGAGCCCCCCCCUAUUCCCCAGGGGGUUGGUGGUCCCGGGGGAUGCCGGUGGUGGGCUCAGACCCAGCCACAGCCCCCCAUUCCAAGUGGAUCCCGGCCCUUCCCGAGGGCUCCGUCCCUGUACAUACAGCGCUAUACUGUGAGCGGUUUUUUUUAUGUAUUGUUGAGAAUGGAUUUUAUGGAAGGGUUUAUCUUAUUUUUAUUUUAUUUUUAUUUUUUAGACUAGGAAGCUGGAAUCUCGCAAUAAGCUCAUCUCGACCAUCCAAAAAAAAAAUAAACAAACAAACAGAUAAAAAAAAACAAAAACAACAAAAAAAAAACCAAAAAAAAGAAAAACCCACAAUAAAAAAAUCGCAUUCCCUGCUGUCCCUGUCCCUGUCCCCGUGUGUCCAGACCAGGUCGUGGUUCCUGAAGGUGACAAAAGCAUUGUGUUUAUGGGGGGGAUGAGGGGGGUACCCACUGGGCUCCGACACGGAGCCAACAGCACCCGCCUGGCCUUCGGUCUGUGUUUUAUAUAUAUAUAGAUUAUAUAUAUAAAUAUCUAUAUUGUGUACAGCGACUGUGGGAGAGUGGAAGGACGGAGGCGGUGGCGGGGGCAGGGCUGGGGGGUCCCCCAGAGCAGCCCCCCCUCCUCGGCGCUGUCCCUCCGUGCUGGUCCCCGUUGUGCCUCGCUCCGUCCUUCGACAUUCCGCUUUCGUCCUCGACGUCGUGCUGAUGGUAACCGGAUCUAUCACCCCCCCCCAUUUGGAUUCUGUAUUUUUUUAUAAUAAAAUGCAAAUAAAUGUCGUGUGAGGCCCUUGC